GGGUGGACGGUGAAGAAGCCAGGGCUGACCCAUGUGCUGGAGACAUGGCGCUGAGCACACAGAGCCGAUAAACACAGCUGAAGUUCAGAAAUCAGGAGUUUAGUCUGGUUUAGGCGGGUUUGGUCAGCAGAGAUGAUGGAGCCGGAGGAGGAGAGGCUGCGGCAGCUCGUGUUCGGAGCUGAGGACGAACUUGUGGAGAAACUGGAGGAGAGCGAUGAGGAGCAAGCGGAGGAAUCCUCGAGUGACUCAGAGGAGGAAAACGAGUCUCGUCUUCAGCUUCCUGCCAAAAGAAAAGCAGCGUGGGAGGAUGAAGAUGAUGCUGAGGAGGAAGAGAUCGACAUGACACAUCGGUUUCGAAAAGACUUUAAGAAGAGUGACGCAGAAUCCAAAAUGUCCAAACAGAAACUCCAGGAGCGGCUAAAGGAGCAGUUCCAGAGGGCGAUGGGUGGAACUCCUUCCUGGGCUGAGAAGAGUGUGAAGAAAAGUAAGAAAAAAGGAGACGACGACGACGAUGAAGAAGAGGAUGAAGAUGACGAGGACGGUGAACUGUUGAAGAAGACCGGCAACUACGUCGGCUCCUCCGAAAGCCUCCCUAAAGGAAUUAUUAAGCUGAAGAAGUGCCUGAACGCUAAUAGUGAGAACCCGAGUGAGGAUCGGCUGACCACGGUGCAGUUCCACCCCUCCGCUCAGGUGGUCAUGACGGCUGGACUGGACCACACCAUCUCGCUCUUCCAGGUGGACGGUAAGACCAACCCUAAGAUCCAGAGCAUCCACCUGGAGAGGUUUCCGGUGAAUAAGGCCUCCUUCAGUGCUAAUGGUGAACAGGUGGUGGCCACUGGAAUGAAAAACAAGCUCUUCUACAUCUACGACAUGAUAGAGGGCAAAGUUAUCCCCGUGCCCAGAGUCCGAGGACUGGAUGAGCAGCGGGUGAAGGAGUUUGAAGUUUCUCCAGAUGGGGAGUUUCUGCUCCUCACAGGUUCCUCAGGAUAUCUGCACCUCAUGACCAUGAAGACGAGGGAGGUGGUCCGAAGUAUGAAGAUUAACGGCAAUGUUUGUGCGACAGGGUUCACUGGAGACGGCAGUAAGAUCUUCAGCAACUCCGAUGAGGGUGAGGUGUAUAUCUGGGAUGUGAAGAGCAGUAAAUGUAUGAACAGGUUUGUGGAUGAGGGCUGCGUGAGGGGGACGUCUCUGGCCGUGUCGCGGGACGGUCUGUAUGUGGCCUGUGGCUCUCAGUCCGGUGUGGUGAACAUCUACUCCCAGAAGACGUGUCUGCAGGAAUCGUCUCCAAAGCCUCUGAAGGCUGUGAUGAAUCUGCUGACAGCCGCCACCUCGCUGCGCUUCAACCCGAACUCCGAGAUUUUAGCCAUCGCCUCCCGCGCCGAAGACGAGGCCAACAGACUGGUCCACAUUCCAAGCUUCACAGUAUUCUCCAACUUUCCUUUAUUCCGGAAGAAGACGAUCUACCGCUCACACUGCCUGGACUUCUCCCCCAACAGCGGCUUCUACUCUGUGGCCAACAACAAGGGUCACGCUGUGCUCUUCAGGCUGCUGCAUUAUAAAGACUUCUGAAGAUCCGCACGGAACACGAGGACUGAGCGUUUUGUGGAACCUGUUUUUGAAGGAGGUCUUGAAGAACUUUGUGUUUUCGGAGGACUGUGAUGUUCUAGCAGGAGCGCUGAGCAGAACCCGGUCGCCUCCUCACAGACUCUGUUAGUGAAGCUGCUGAGAUCAGCAGAAAACAGUGUAAUUAGAGCAUCUGAGAACGAGCUAAUUGGUUUCACAGUGUGGGUUAAUUGUGAUUAAACGUGUCUGAGCAAGAAUACAAACAGCAUCUGUACAACAUACGACGUUUUAAUAAAACAAGCACCAAA